AUGGACUACUCCCGUUUCGACCACAUCGGCUCCUCCUCCUCCUCGGAUGACGACGACGCGCCGCUGCCGCCUCGCCACCCGCCACCCGCCGUGCGCGACGAUCUCGAGGACUACUUCCGGCGGCUCGACGAGCGACGCUCUCGCUCGGAGCCGGCGGAUGCGGCCGUGGCGCUGCCGUGUGCAGCAGCGCACGCCUUUCACUCGGAGUGCGUGCGCGGUGCUCUCGCGGCGUCGGUGCACUGCCCGCUCUGCCGCGUUGACGUGCGAUCGCUCGUCGUCAGCGCGGCGGCGCCAUCAGAUGGGCCGCUAUUAGCCAAUUAA